AUGCGUUUAUUUUUAAUAGAAAAUAAUUAUUUAUAUUUAUUAAUAGCUGCUUUAUGCACAGUAUCAAAAGGAGAAUGGAAUACAAAAGAUUUUAUGAAAAGAGAACAUUCUUUAAUAAAACCUUACCAGGCCACAGGGACUUCAAUACCUUAUUGGGAUAUUUUGGGAAAUACAAUAGUUACAACAAAUUAUGUUCGUUUAACUCCUGAUUCACAAAGUAAAAGAGGAGCCGUUUGGAAUGCAGUACCUUGUAAGGUUCGUAAUUGGGAACUACAAGUUCAUUUUAAAGUACAUGGUUCGGGUAAAGAUUUGUACGGAGAUGGUUUAGCUAUUUGGUAUGCACAAUCCAGAAUGAUACCCGGAUCAGUUUUUGGAAACAUGGAUUAUUUUCAGGGUCUCGCUAUUAUUCUAGAUACUUACAGUAAUCAUAAUGGACCUCAUCAGCACCAACACCCAUAUAUAUCGGGGAUGAUAAAUAAUGGAAGUCUUCAUUACGAUCAUGACAGAGAUGGCACACAUACACAAAUUGCCGGAUGCGAAGCAAAAUUUAGAAAUGUCGAUUAUGAUACUCACAUAGCCAUAAGAUAUGAAAGAGAUGUUUUAACAGUUUCGACUGAUUUUGAAAACAAAGCAGCUUGGAAAGUUUGUUUUCAAUCCAAAGGAAUUAUUCUUCCCACAGGAUAUUAUUUUGGAAUAUCAGCAGCGACAGGUGAUUUAAGCGACAACCAUGAUUUAUUAUCAGUUAGGUUGUUUGAAUUAGAUGUUCCACAAGAUGGUAAAGCAUUCGAAGAUAGGAGUCACGUAUUACCAAGUGCAGUAUUUUUCGAACCACCAAGAGGUGAAAUAGAAGAUCCGAAACCGUCCUCGUGGAGUGGAAUAAAAUUAUUUUUAGUCAUGAUGUUAGGUUCAAUAACGUUAAUAGCAAUCGUCGUCAUAGGGAUUAUGUAUUAUCAAAAACAACAAGAAAAUUCUAGAAAACGUUUUUAUUAA